UUUGCUGCGAUGAGUAAUCUCGCAGGGAAAUACCGGUUCGUGACGGUGAAGCAAUUCUCGUAUCGAGUCACUCGAGUCACCCUGAUCGUUUCCUUUCUGUUCUCUGAUAGUGAUUGCGGCAUGGUCGCAGUGUGAGGAGAAGCUCUUCCCGAGUGACGUCCACAGAUGCUCGAUUUAUUAUUAUUUCUGGAGUGUUAAAAAAUCAGUCACCAUUCCGCAAUUAAUUGAAAGCCAGCCCAAAGGGUGGCCAACUUCCGUACAG